AUGCGUGUUGGCGGCAGCGUUCUUGGCUGAAUGGCCAAUCUGUAAAAUGUCCGGGCGGCGGUGGGGUCGUUGGUGUUUAAUGUCGGUAGCCAGUCCGGGAGGUAGCGGAGCGGGGAUCCGGCGCUGUUGCCGGAUGUAUUUUGGUCGUCUGUACAUGUUGGGUGGUGACUGUUUACAGGCUGUGCCAUAGAAACGGGUAGCGGUGACAAGGAAAGGGAGUCUUAGCGGUUCAUGGCAGGUACGGCACCUAGAGUGGGCAGUGAGCCGUAAGGCCCGUGUAUGUCCGUUGCAAGGCCUGGUUCGUUAUUGGUGAACUGCAAUUUGCCGGAAUCGUGUGAAUAACCUGUUGCUUACUUUAAUCCGGACUGCAAGUGUCGACCUUCGUGCAUAAUUUUGAUGUACAAUGCCAUUAAAUUAUACAAGAAUUGAGCGGACUUUCGCUCUGAAUGUAGCUCCGAAUGCCGUGGCCGAAUCUACGUGAAUAGAUGUCACCAGGUAAAGGGAAUACUGGAUUAUGGAAACACUAACAAUGUAAGAAUUGUGCAAAAUCAGGAUGGGUCCAGAUGUUCCACUGCUAAAUGACUACAAACAGGAAUUCUUUUGGAAACGAUUUCCACAGACGAUACUAGGAGGACCACGUUUCAAACUUGGAUACUGUGCUCCACCUUACAUUUAUGUUAACCAAGUCAUUUUGUUCCUGAUUCCGUGGGUUUUUGGUGGUGUAGGAACUGUUCUUUACCAGCUAAAUACUAUAGAUGAUUGUUGGGCAUCAGUCCUUGCUGCAGGAUUGAUGUUGCUAGCAGCCUGCAUUGUUCAAGGGAUGAGCUUAUGGGUCAGACAAAAGAAUGUGACUGUUGAAACAUUUCCAUCUGAAAAUACUUUGGCAGAUGAGGAUGAAUUUGAUUUUUCCAGCUGUGCUGGGCCAGAGACAGUAAAAUUUAUCGUACCUGGAAAAAAGUAUUUAAUCAAUACCGUUUUUCAUUCUGUCCUAGCUGGAGCAUUAUGCGGCCUUGGAACAUUGUAUUUACUACCUAACAGGUUAAUGCUACUAUAUGCCAAUGCAGGGGCAACUUUUGUGCUCUUUGUUUUUGGUUGGGUAACUGUGUGCAUUGGAGAAUAUUCUUUAAUCAUAAAUACUGCUGUGGAGACUGCUACAUUUCAACCACAAGAUACGUAUGAAAUCAAUGCACUCACCAGACCACUUUACAUUUUUGUUUUCAUUGCAGUGGAUCUUGCUUACAGAUUUACAGUCAACCCAAUCCUACUUCAAAUAAAUCAGAUUUUGCACAUUAUUUUUGUAUUUCUGCCUGUCGUCUGGGCAGUUGGUGUUUUGCCUCCUGUGGAUGCACUUUUCUUGUGGGUUCUUGAGCAAGUCUUAGAAUUUGGGCUUGGGGGUUCACCCAUGGCAACCAAUUUAAGGUUGUUAGCGAUGUUUGUUGUGUCUGUUGGAGUGGUGAUUGCAACAUUCUUUAUCCCCAGCACACUUGGUGUUGUGCUGUUCACAACAGGAAUGGGAUUCAUACUGAGCCUUGAUCUCAGCCAAGCUGAUACUUUAUUCAGAUUCUGCUGCAGGACAGCUCAUGCCUCACUGGAAUAUCCCAAAUACUUUGGUAAACGAAUUGGAUGGCAUCUUGGCUGGAAGGAAGCCUUGAUCUAUAUUAGUCUUCUAAUAGUAACACUUGCUGAAGCUGGUUUAUUACAUUUCUUUGCAAAAAGCUCGUCUACAUUUAUAAUAAAUCCACAGACUGUAAUAAGCUAUAUCUUGAUAGUAACUUUGGUAAUAUGGAAAAUUUUCCAAGAAAUUCAAGGUUCAUAUGUCCUCUUUGGAUUCUUUCGAAAUCCUUUAUUCCCUAAAGGUGUAAGAACUGUAAGACUUUUCGAGCAGAAACGAGCAAUAUUGAUGAAGUUUGGCUUUAUUCAAAGGAUUCUUCUCAACCUCAUCUCUCCAUUUGCCAUGGUAGCCUUUCUUUCUGUUGAUACUUCACUGCAGGAUCUCCACACAGUAUCUCUUUGUAUUGGAUUCACACGGGCAUUCCGAAUAGUAUGGCAGAAUACAGAGAAUGCUCUAUUGGAAGUGGUUGUGAUAGCAAUUGUACGACUUGCCACAGUGCAUUCAAGUUUGGUGUGGUGGAACAGUAUAGGUACAGGAAUCCAACUCCUGAUGGUUGGUAUUAUACGAGAUCGUUUCUUUCAAGCAACAUCCAAGCUCAAAUUUGCUUUGACUGUACUUGUCUCCUCCUGGACAGAAAAGAAGCAACGCCGGAAGUCUUCAAGCAUUAUAAUUACAUUAAAUGUUAUUCUGUUCCCUGUUGUCCUGACAAUCAUUGCUCUUGCUUCAGCACUUUCGGCGCCUUUACUUCCACUGUUUACACUUCCAGUGUUUCUCGUGGGAUUUCCAAGACCUAGUAAGACCUGGCCUGGAUCUGUGGGUGCUGCUGCAUGCAUAUGUCCUGAUUCUGUAUAUUACCAGCAUAUGAUGCACAACCUGGCAAAUGCAUUUUCUACAGCAUUUUCUGCUGGCAGUUUGGGGAACCCUUCACCUGGCUCUCAUUUCCUGUGCCGCUUCCAGGAUCGACUAAUGUGGGUCUUGGUUUUGGAGCGCGGUUUUGGCUACUGCUGUAUUAGCAUUAAGGGAUUAGAGCUACAAGAAACAUCGUGCCACACUGCUGAAGCUCGACGGGUUGAUGAGGUGUUUGAGAUGGCCUUUGAACAAGAAGACCAAGCAAAAACUUGCCCUAUAAACCAGCAUCUUGGCAACAUCUUGACUCCGUGUGCAGUACUACCAGUAGAAGUUUACUCUGAUGCACGGAAUAUUUUAACAGGAAUCAUUGACACUCAUGAAAAUUUAAAACAGAUAAAGGAAGAUUUUGCCAAAGUUUUCAUUUGGGUGCUUUUACGUUCGACUAAUAAGUCAAAAUCUUGUCAAAAUAGACAAGACAUCCAGCCAUUACAACAAAAUAGAACCUGGUCAGAUGAGUGUACACUUACUUCAGUACAAACAGAAUCUUCUACAAGUCCCAAAGAUUCCAGCAUAAAUUCAGAAACAUUUAAUGAAUGGUCAGAUGGUGAUAUAUUUGAACUGGAAUCCAUUGGAAGAAAGACUAGAAUAAGUUUAGUUAAAAACAUGAUAGAUAUGCAACAAAGGAGUACAAAACCUAUAGUAACAUGCAUUCCAGGGAGCCUUGAAACACGAAGUUUAUCUCCUGAUAUAAAUGAAGAAUUACCAAAAAACACUCCUACAUAUGGGCUUCCUGCUAUUGACAAAGGCGAAAAGAGACUUAUGGGAAGUGGUAACCGAGAAAUAGCCCCACUGGUUGUUUUCAGUUCUCCUUAUUCAAGUAAGCUUAAAGUGCCAGAAAAUUGGAGAUCAGGACCAUUCCCUUCUCUACAGCUCCAAAAAUUGUUGAAAUCCUUUCCUGAUGAUUGGUAUUCAUUUGUUCUUACUCUUAUGGAUGUUGUCCAAUCUGAUGAAAAAUCUUCUAUUAUCUUUGAAGUGAAAGGAGAUAAGACUUUGAGAGCGAUGUAUGCCCAGGUGGUGAUGUCUUGUUACGGCAUAAUGUUAGGAACAGACUCUACAAUCCCAAGCCCUAAUCAAGUCUUCAAAGUGUAUUCUGGUGAUAUACCUUGGUCCUUGGGCUUAGAUUGGCUGACCCAAAAGCCAGAACUGCUUGCACUUGCACUAAAAGCAUUCAGAUACACCUUCAAAUUGAUGUUUGACAAAGCCAGCCUGGGCCCCGUUGAAGACUUUGUUGAGUUGGUAAAUUAUUUAGAAGAAUAUGAGAGAGACUGGUUCAUUGGUAUGAUGUCAGAGUCUGAGUGGCAACAGGCUGUACUGCAGGAAAAGCCUUACCUCUUCUCUUUGGGAUAUGACCCGAGUUUGAGUACAUAUACUGGACGUGUGCUGUCACUGCAGGAAAUGUUGUUGCAGGUUGGCAGACUGAAUGCAGAAGCAAUAAGAGGCCAGUGGGCCAACCUAUCAUGGGAACUUCUUUAUGCCACAAAUGAUGAUGAGGAGCGAUACAGUAUACAAGCACAUCCUGUAUUACUGAGAAAUUUAACAGUACAGUCAGCAGAUCCUCCCCUUGGCUAUCCAAUUUAUUCAUCUACGCCGAUCCACGUGCCUUUGUUGUAGAGAAUUGCAAGUUCUAAUUAGUGUUCAACACAUAAUGCCAUGGAAGAAAUUAAAGAAAAAUGUUGCCCUUACUUAUAAAUUGAGUUUGGCAUUUUGUACAAAUGCCCAGUUUGGACUGGUAAAAAUCGUUGCUUAGGCAGGGACUGUCAUUAUUCAACUAUGCAAAACUUGAACUUAUUGCCAGGAUUUUAAAAAAAUAUUCCAAAUGACUCUUAAUUAGUGGAAUUUUACAGUUUUUUUUGUAUUCCUGAUACCAAAGUGGGAGGUAUCAGUAAUGAAACAUCAACUAAAAUACUAUGCUGCAAGUCUUGUUGCAAAGUACAUGGUUGCUAGAGGCUGGAAGUGUGAAACCUCCAUGUUUUAAAAGUAAGCCAAAACAUGGAUUAAGACUAUGAAGAUUGUGAGAACUGUGAACCUAUAUCCAAGCAUUUCCCACUAGCUUUGAAGAGGAGAAUGUAUGUUAUAAACUACUUUGUGUCAUAUUCAACAUAUAUUCAGAUGUUGAAUUUGUAAAAGUAUGGCAGCUUAAAGAAAAAUUUAUAACGAGAUAUAUUUAUAAAAUGUCAUUGUAAAGUAUCAUUCAACUAUAUAUGUGUAGUUAUAUGGAGUACAAGAAUUAGCCAUAAAGAUUUUCUAUUCAGAGAAAAAAAAGACCUUUUGCCAUGAGUUACCAGUGAAGUGCUGAAAAUGUUUAUUCAUUUUGAUUAAAGCCAAUUGGGAGGUAUUAAGUUAAUGGUAAUAAGUUAAUGGAGAUAUUUGAUUGAGUUUUCAGAUUCUCAAUGUGGAAACGUCCAAGUAAAAUAAAUUUUGAAGUGAUGUUAAAAUACUGCAUUGCCAUGCUGGAAUUACAUCAACUCACUUUGAAAAUAGUAUAUGUAUGUAUUUUUCAGUUUUUUUUGUAAAAAUAAGGGUUUAUGGUAGUUAAUUUGGGAAAAGUAUUGAAUUUUUUUUGUUCUGUGAAUUAUAAAUUUUAGAAAAUCUAACAUGUUGGUGGGCUGAUAAGCUGACACUGAGGCCCAUAAGGAGAGCAUUUGGAUUGAUUAUGUUCACUGAAAGGGAAGAUCAGACGAGCUGCGUAAGAUCCAUGGUGGCUACUAGCACAAGUCAAUGAGACAUUAGUAGCAACCUGUUAGUAGUCUGACUGACUAAUAGCAAAAAAAAUAAUGUUUUUUUGAAGAAGUACAAAACAUGAAAUCGUAGAACAAGUUGUUCUUUUGCUAAUCAAUUACAUUGUUAAAUGGAUUGUUCGUACAAGAAUAUUGCAGAGUUCCAGAAGUCUGAACUUUUUGAAAUGUGCACACAAACAUUUCUCAAGCAACCAUGCAAGAAAUUGUUAAAAAGCAAGUCGUGUGGAUGCUAGAAAUCUGAAAUAAAGAGUGCUAGAAAAACUGAAGUAAGUUUGGCACCAUCUGUGGAUAGUUAACAUUUUGAGUCAAAUAAGACUCUGUCUGAGUGUCACUUCUUUGAGUUGAUUGUGACUGGUCCAGAGCUAUAAUGUGAAUUCCUGUUUCUCUCUAUACAGAUGUUUCCAGACCUGCUGAGCUUUUCCAAAAUUUUAUUACGCAAAGAUUGUUUUGAACAGGAUUAAACUUCAAUUGUGCCAAUUUUUAAAGUGCUGCGUAAUAUGAACUGGUUAGUGUGCAUAAUCUUCUAUUUCUUUCAAUAUCCCUUGACGCACAUGCAUUUUAAAAAUUUUAAGUCCUGAUUUCCAAAUGAAUAAUACAUUUUUGGGUAUAGUUUAUUGUAUAUUAAAUAAUUCAGUCAUAGGGAAGAUAUGUAGAACUGUAUUUCAUAUUUUAACUGACUUUUCCAGUUAUAGAUUUGUAUAGAGUCCUUUACUGUUAUGUAAACUACUAAA